AUGUCAAGUAUAAGUUUAAAUGUAUUGGAUGAUAGCGUGCUGAUCAAGCCUAUUAGCGAGGAAAAGCAGGGUGGAAUUAUGCUUCCAUCAAGUGCUGAAAAGAAACCUACUAAAGGUGAAAUUGUAGCAACUGGUGAAGGUUCACGCAACUCAAAUGGCGAACGUGUAGCUUUAACUGUAAAGGCUGGUGAUAAAGUGUUCUAUCGUCAAUGGGCUGGUACAGAAAUAGAACAUAAUGAUGAAAAGCUUAUCGUGAUGAAAGAGUCCGAUAUACUUGCUGUCAUUAAAUAG